AUGCUGUGGCAACUACCAUCAUUACGAAUCCGUGGGGCAAUUGAAGACAAAUCUCGAACACACGAAUCUUUCGUACCCUCCGGACGCUUGGGUGGUGUGGCGGUGCACAUCUCCAGAUUCAACCACUUCCUCGCUCUCGCCACCAGAUCUCGACCUCAACCUCCAUCCGCGGAACCUCGCGGCUCUGCGUAUUACGAUCCGGCCACUCGGGAGUCCACAUCUCCAGACACAGCAUACCUAUCUGCCCUCACCGAUGACGCCAGAAGACUCGGAGGGCAACGUACCUUGUAUCUUUGCAACACAGCGAGACGCCCAUCUCCAACCCCGAAGGAUUGGCGGUUAGCCAGAGCAGUAGGCGGCUACAGCCAAACCCGGGCGCGAACAGGCGGCUGA